AGUGAAUGAAACACAUGUUUCACUCAAUUGUUUGUAAACUUUAACAUCAAUUCAAUUGUCGUUUCAUUUGAUUGACUCAUGCAUUGAGUUGUGUCCACACGUGAAGACAUUUGAGAGAUAAUGUCAUUUAACAGGUCUCUCCUCGAAGGCGCCAAAACUGUGGUCAAGUCGACGACAAAGCCCUCAUCACUGCAAUUGGUUCCCAAACGACUGCCACCGCUUCCCACACCUAAAGACUUGAUCCGUAUAUACAAAGUGAAGGCCAGAAGACAAUUGUCUCAAAACUUUUUGCUCCAGAAGUCAAUCAACGAAAGGAUUGUCACCUCAGCAGGGAUCAAAGGGGACAGUUAUGUCCUGGAGGUGGGUCCAGGUCCUGGUAAUAUCACCCGACAGAUCCUCGAGAAGGGACCCAAAGAGCUGUAUGUCAUCGAAAAGGACAGACGAUUCCUACCGAUGCUCGAGAUGUUGUCCGACGCCUCACUUCCGGGACAAAUGAAGAUAAUUAUCGGCGAUGUUAUGGACUAUAGUUUCGACGGCCUCUUCCCCAAAGAGUUACGGCGCGAGUGGACAGACGAGAGCCCUCCCAUUCAUAUCGUCGGUAAUUUGCCGUUCAAUGUGUCGACACCUUUGAUCAUACGGUGGUUGAGACACAUGUCCGACCGGACGGGUCUCUUCUCGUACGGCAGGGUAGGCCUGACGCUGACCUUUCAGUACGAAGUGGGCCAACGGAUCGUAGCGCCGGUCAUGUCUAUCAUGAGGAGUCGACUGUCCGUAAUGUGUCAGCACUUGUGUCGAUGUGAGCACAGGUUUGUAAUAAACGGCUCGUCCUUCAUG